GAUGCGAAACAUGAAGAUAGAACCCGUCAUGUACAUAUAUAUUUUACGUAAGUCUGCAGAUCGUUCACUCCAUAAAUCAUUAUCACUAGGUUUAUCAUUAGUGAAUGGUAACAACUAAGAAAUUCUCUUAUCUCAUCUCCUAACAAAAGAAAACAAAGAAACAGAAACCACAAAUCCAAACUAUCCCAGCCAUGGGUAGAGCCUUACUCUCAGCUUUUAUUCAUGAUUUGUUGGACCUUAUUGCUUCUCCACAAAAUUCUCCAAGGAUGAAACCGUACAGCUACGAGCAGCAAGAGCUGGUGGCGAAUUUGCAGAUCCUUGAUGCCCUCGUGGAUGACGCAGAGUGGAAGACCUUCUUUGCAGAAGGAGGAGGAGGAGGAGGCAACGCGCGAGAUGUGAAAGACUGGUUAAAUGAACUACAACACGCCCUUUACCAUCUGGAGGAUCUUCUGCUGCGGAUCGUGAAUCCCCCAAAGUCUUUGCUUUCUUACGGACGACGCUUCUUCGUCAGCGUCGUCUUGCGGAAAACAAAGAACCAACACGUGGAUGAUAUGGUGAAGCUCAAAAUCCAUGACACCAUCAAAAUCUUGGAAGCUCUAGUCACGCGGAAGGAUUUGCUUGGCCUAACUGCCGCCGGUGCUACGUCGAGGGAAAAGCCUCUGCAGCAACAAGGAUGGUGGCCUCCAUCUCCGGCUGUGCUACAUUCCUAUCUGGAUGGCACCUUUCCCAAACAAUGCUUCGUUGGGAGAGAUGACGAAAUAAAGUCUGUAUUAGGAAAACUUUCAUCGGCUACUGAGGAAGAUGGAAAACAUGUCAAAGUGAUAAACAUAGUGGGAAAAGAUGGAGCGGGUAAGACUGCACUUUCUGGUGUUAUCUACGACAGCGACAAUGUGACUCAGCUUUUCGAGCGCAAAGCUUGGAUCACUGUACCUCCCAAAGCCACUGUUAACACCGUUGCAAAGAAGAUUCUUGAGGAACUCAAGGCUGCUUUUAGUUUAGGCGAUAGUUUCGAUGAAUUGAUGGAGAAACUGGCGGCUGAACUUGCGGGGAGGAAAUUUCUGCUGGUGUUGGAUGAUAUCAUGGUAGAAGAUGAUGGCUUACACAAGUUAAUUGCUUCCUUUGAAUCCGCAGCAGCAAGAGGGAGUGCCUUAAUCCUCACGUCUACUCCCCAUGAUGACAAUCCAGAACUGUUCAUGAUACCUGCUAGUCAUGUUGUUCUUCUUGAUUCGCUGUCAACAAAGAAUAUGGGGUCAAUCUUCUCGGCGCAUGCUUCUUCGAGACAGAUGAACCGUCCUAAGCUGCAAAAGGUAGCAGCACAAGCUGGCUACGAAAUUAUAAGGAAUUUGGGAAACCUUCCCCUGGCAGCAAGAAUGAUAGGGAGUCUUGUCCAAGAUAAGCUAAGUGUUAAUAAAUGGGUUGAGAUGAGCAGAUUGUUGGAUGCAGGUGAUGAUAUUGAUGUCAAUCUCCAUCCCAUCCCUUUGUUUCUGGCACUGUGCUACCUUGAUCUCCCUGCACAGAUUAAAUGGUGCUUUGCUUACUUGUCCUUGUUUCCAAAGGGUUACCAAUUCAAGCAGACGGAAGUGGUCCUCUUGUGGAUGGCCCAAGGCUUUCUGAAUAUGAAUACAUCUGGUGAUAAAAGCAUGGAAGACAUCGCCGACGAGUACUUUGGUUAUCUAGUCAUGAGGUCACUCUUGCAACCCUGUAGUUCUGGUUCUGGUGUUAGUUUUACAAUGCAUAAUCUGGUUCAUGAUUUGGCUACCUAUGCGUUUGGAGAAUCAUUCAAUCACCAUUUGUCCUAUUCCGAGGAUAUUGAGGAUUUCCCAGAGCAAUCCAUUGUUGAAAAUAGAAGAACGUUGAGAACAAUUUUGCCAUUAUCUUUGUCACUUGAGCAGGCACUCACCAAGUUUGACAUUAAGUUGCUUGAGUUUGUAGUUAAGCAGUUGAAUCCAAGGGUCUUCCGGGUCCUCUCUUUGUCUCGCCAUUAUGUCACAGACUUGCCUGCUUCAAUUGGAAGAUUGAAACAUCUUUGUUACCUAAACAUCUCUUACACUGCAAUUAAGACACUUCCGGAUUCCAUCUGUGAUCUGCUCAAUUUGCAGGAACUUAUCACCACAGGCUGCAGCUCACUCAAGAGUCUCCCAGAGAGAAUAUCCAAUUUGGUUAACUUGCGUCACCUUGAUGUCAGACAUAGCGGCUUGCAAGAGAUGCCUUUGGGAAUGCAUAAAUUGACAAGUCUUCGGACAUUGACAGACUUUGUUGUCUCUGCAGAUGGACCGGGGCUCGCAGAUUUAGCAGAGCUUUCCAACCUCAAAACACUCUCUAUUUCCAAGUUGCAAAAUGUGGCAUGUGCUAAGGAUCCUUCGGAUGCAAAACUCUUUAAGAAAAUCCUUGAUGAUCUUAUGCUUCAAUGGGGCAAUGGCAAUGGCAACAAAUGGAGGGCAAUGGAAGUGCUUGAAAAUCUCAAACCUCAUAAAGACUUAAAGAAACUAACACUUGAAUACUAUGAUGGUGCAAGAUUCCCGAUUUGGUUGGGAGAUCCAUCUUACCGGGCUUUACAAUUAGUAAUUUUGCGCCACUGUGGAGAUUGCAAUUCUCUGCCGACACUGGGGAUGCUGCCAUUUCUUAAGGACCUCUUCAUUGAAGGGUUCACUCAAGUAAGUUCCAUAGGCGCUGAGUUUUCUGGGGAGGUGAAGCCUUCAUGGAAGCCAUUUCAAUCUUUAGAGAGUUUACAGUUUCGUGAUAUGUUCCAAUGGAGAGUAUGGAACAUAUUAGAAGGCAUUGAAUUCCCUCGUCUCAUUAAGCUUUAUAUAAUAAGGUGUCCCAAGCUGGUGGGAUAUUUGCCUAAGCAACAUGUUUCUUUACAGAAGUUGGAAAUCAUUGGAUGUUCUAACCUUGUGCCUCCACUUCCCAUUGUUGAUGUUACAUGUAAAGUACUUGUUCAUGAAAGUAAUGAAAUUUUGAUGACUAGUGUAGCUCGAAGCUCAGAAGGUACCUUGUACAGCAAAGACUUGCAUGAAAUCUUCCUAGGAUCCUCUUCAAAGUUUACAAUCACUAACCCCAGAUGUGAAAUUGAAGAAAUUUCUCUUGAAAGGAGUUUGGAGACUGAAUCUCUUGAUUCUCCUUCAAUUCCAGAUUCAACAAUGAUUCAAGAUCUAAAGGAAGCUUCCACUAAGAUGCUCAGUGAUCAAGUUAAAGAUGAUAUUCCCAAGGGUAAAGUUGAUAUUCUAAGCACUCCACAUCCAGAUACACUUGAAACAAUGGCUCCUGUCAAGAUAGAAAAUUUAUCCAACCAAGAUUCAGAUGAUCAGCGAUCAUCUUUUGAAGUAUUGAAGGUUUCAACUGUAUCCCAAUUGAAGUCAUUGCCUCCCACGCUGCACAGCCUAAAAAUUGAAGGGUGCGAGUCUUUAGAGGUCCUACCAGAUGAUUUACUUGCAGGAUUAACAGCUCUUAGCGAGUUUUAUCUGAUUAGUUGUUCUUCUCUUACAUCCCUUCCUUCCCUUGGUUCUGUGAUAACCCUUUACAUACGUAACUGCAGAAGAUUGGAAAAUCUGUCAUCUUUAGCAUCAAGAAAGCAACUUGCCUUUCUCCGCCAUUUGUCUAUAGGGAGCAGUUGUGAUUCUCUCACUACCUUGACCUUAGAUUUGUUCCCAGAACUCAAAAUUCUUUGUAUAUGGGAUUGUCCCAAUCUUCAGUCAUUUUGUGUUACCAAAGAGAUCAAGGGUUAUCUCUCAUCGCUUGAGUCCUUAGAGAUUAGAGAUUGUCCAAAAUUGACGUCUUUCCCAGAAGGAGGACUACUUGCUCCAAACCUAGCAUCCAUAUUCCUUUCCAACUGCGAGAAUAUUAAGGAAUUGCCCAAACCUAUGACCACUCUCACAUCCCUCAAGACAUUGUUUUUACAUAGAUGUCCAAAGCUUGAAUGUUUACCCUUUGGGGGUUUGCCUUCGAGUUUAACUUUACUCUCCAUAGUUCAUUGUGACAAACUCGUGCCACAAAGGAGUUGGAGGUUGCAUACUCUUGAGUCUCUCAACCGUUUCGAACUUGAGGGUGGAUGCAUGGGCAUUGAAUCAUUUCCAGAGGAGAACUUGUUGCCAUGCAAUAUCAACUCUCUGCGCAUAAGCACAAUGCAGAGUCUCAAGAAGCUGAACCAAAAGGGGUUUCAACACCUGAAUGCUCUUCAUACACUUGAAAUUCAUUGCUGCGACAUGCUUCGGUCCUUUCCUGAUCAAGGGCUUCCUUCCUCC